AGAACCUGCACACAGUCAGAGUUCAGCUGUGGAAACGAAACAGGUGCGUGCAUACUAAGCAGGUGGAGAUGUGAUGGAGACAAAGACUGCCCAAAUGGAGCCGACGAGAAGGAUUGUGAGGCAAAAACAUGUGGGCCAAAAAGGUUCAGCUGUGGAGACCCAAAAGGUCAGUGCAUAUCAACCCGGUGGGUCUGUGAUGGAGAUAAAGACUGUCCAAAUGACGCUGAUGAGAACAAUUGUGCUGAUCACACAUGCAGAUCGACUGAGUUUAAUUGUGGAAGCCAGUGUAUUCCGCUCAUUUGGCGCUGUGAUGGAGAAGAAGAUUGUUUGAAUGGAAAUGAUGAGGGGGGUUGCUUCCACCAGCAGUGUACAGACCAUCAGUUCCGCUGCAGCAAUGGUAAAUGCAUCCCUGUGUACUCAGUCUGUAACAAUAAACCAGACUGUGACGACGGCAGCGACGAAGUUUACUGCCCACUCGCCUCCUGCAACUCUGCAUCCUUCCGGUGCAACAACAGUGAUUGCAUACCUGGCUUUUGGUCCUGCGACGGCGACGAAGACUGCUCCGACGGCUCAGAUGAGUGGCCCCAAAACUGUGUCUCAAAUGAACAACCCUCCUCUGAUUCUCACAACUGCACAUCCCAUCAGUUUCACUGUGGCAACAGACUAUGCAUUUCUAAAAGUUGGAAGUGCGAUGGAGACGAUGACUGCCCCGAUAAAUCAGACGAAGCCGACUGCGAUUUCAAUGAGUGUCUGCACAACAAUGGUGGCUGCUCUCACAUUUGCAAAGACCUGAAGAUUGGCUAUAAGUGCUUGUGCCCAGAAGGGUAUACACUAUUAGGCCGUAAGCUCUGCCAACGUAAUGGACUGAUUUCAACAAGAGGAAUAAGAAAAAAGAUUAAAUUCCUCAAUGCUGCUUUGAUGAUGCAGACAAAAGGAAACAAAAUGAAAGCAAAAACGCAUAUUUUUGAUUUCAUCGCCUCCUGGUACAGGAGUCCCGUUCAGCUUGCAUCCCGCCUCCGGUCCAGUGACCCCUGGUGAUCAACUCCAGCUUCCUGUGAUCCUGCUCGAGAUCAAGCGGGUGUAGAACACACAUGGAUGGAUUUGUUUGAAAGUCUGUAAUGAACAAAAACAAAAACAAGCAUUUCUGCUGCUUAUCUUAGAAAGACACAAAUAUAUAAAUAAAGGUUUUUCCCACACUCA